CAUUUGCUACGCUGUAUGAUCCGUAGGAUCCCCGUCUACUCAGCCUACACCUUCUCAGGGGAAAAACAGACGGUUCAGAAUGAAGAGUGGAAAAAUGAACCACAGCUGGAAAACAUGAGCAACGGUCCAGAAAUGAGGGAGAUCACCAAUGAUGAGAUGGACGAGUUUCUUAACCAGGCUGUGAACAGAGACUAUAUAGAGAGUAGAAUUCCUUAUACUAGAGGUCAUGUGUUUCCAAAGCAAUAUGCUGUUUAUCAGAAUCAGGCAGACUCCACCUUCACAUUUACCAAUAUAGCACCACAAACAAAUAACAGUAAUGGAGAAUGGGAAGCAGAAGUAGAGACACCGAUGAGGGCAGAGAUACAGAGAGAGUGCAGACAAAACUAUAGAAUCAAGGCUUUUAUAGUGACUGGAGUAGUUCCAGGGAAUAAUUGGAUAUCCAUAAGGAGAAAUGAUAAUAAUAAUAAAGAUAAGACAAUUGUUCAAGGUGUUAACAUUCCCAGUUUUUACUGGACUGCGUUCUGUUGUUACAUCAAUCCGACCACUACAAUUUCGAGAGCCUACCUUGCUCGGCAAAACGAACCGAACCCCAAAUCUUAUGAAAUAACUCGUUUGAGUGUUGAUAUGCUGAACAGUCGCCUCAGCAGUCUGUAUAAUCAGGAUUUCAAAGUAUUUGGUGAUUUGUGUUUGACUUGAGUACAGUCCGAGUUUCUCAGUCCUGAAACUCCAGCUGCUUUCAGGAUUCUAAUAAUAAUCAUCAUGAUACUAACAAUAAUAAAAAUAGCUGGUUCUUCUAAAGAUAAAAUUCUCUUGACAAUCAUCUCCCCCAUGAUCUAAAUGGUCCAGCAGGUGGCGACAUUUCACUACAGUGUACAGUGUACAGCUAUAAACUCUUGUGUAAUCAUGUUUUAUUUACAUUUAUUUCUCUACUAAUAAAAUUUCAGACCUUUCCCAGGAA